AAGGAGACAUAUACUCACGAAAAUGAUAAUGACAUUGUCAAAUAGAGUCUCUUACAGCCAUACAUUUGAAGUAUAAAACCCGUACCAUGCACCAUCGUGACCCAUAUAAACUUAGAGAUCAUUAAAUCCACGGCCAUGGUCUCUUCAAUAAACCUGUCGAAAAAUGUAUGCGUGAUCGGUGGCGGUCCAUCGGGGCUUGUGGCGGCCCGGGAGCUGAGGAAGGAAGGCCAUAAGGUGGUGGUUUUUGAACAAAACCAUGAUGUUGGAGGGCAAUGGCUAUAUGAGCCUAAUGUAGAGGAUGAGGAUCCCUUAGGAAGGCAUAAUUUCUUGAAGGUACAUAGUAGUAUAUAUGCAUCAUUGAGAUUAGUUUCACCUAGGGAAAUUAUGGGGUUCACUGAUUUUCCAUUUCUAAUGAAAAAAGGGAGGGAUAUGAGGAGAUUCCCUGGCCAUAAGGAGCUUCUUUUGUACUUAAAAGAUUUUUGUGAAUGUUUUGGAUUGAAAGAAUUGAUAAGGUUUAAUGUUGUGGUUGAGAAUGUGAAGAUGUUGGAUUAUCCUAUUCUACAUAAGGAUUUGAGGUGGAUUGUGAAAAGUAAAGAGAAAACUACAGAGAAGGCGGUGGAGGAAGUUUAUGACGCGGUGGUUGUGGCCACCGGCCACUACUCUAAGCCGAGGUUGCCAAAAAUUAAAGGAAUGGAUGCAUGGAGAAGAAAGCAAAUACAUAGCCACAUUUACAGGGUACCAGAACCAUUUCGAAAUGAGGUGUUAGUGGUUGUUGGAAGUUCAUUAAGUGGGCAGGACAUAUCCAUGGAGCUUGUAGAUGUGGCAAAAGAAAUUCACCUAAGUGCGAAGUCUAUUAAUAUUUCAGAAGGCUUAUCAAAAGUAGUCUCUAAAUAUGAUAAACUGUACCUUCAUCCUCAGAUUGAUUCAUUGCAUGAAGAUGGAAGGGUUUUGUUCAUAGAUGGCUCAUGGCUGAUUGCAGACACUAUUAUAUACUGCACAGGGUACUCAUAUUCAUUUCCAUUUCUUGACACCAAAGGCAUGGUAGUAGUUGAUGAUGAUAGGGUGGGACCCCUCUAUGAACACACAUUUCCUCCUUCACUAGCCCCUUCCCUAUCCUUCGUUGGCAUCCCAAGAAAGCUUAUAGGGUUUCCUUUCUUCGAAUGCCAAGCAAAAUGGAUAUCUCAACUAUUGUCUGGGAAAACAACAUUGCCAUCAUUUGAUGAAAUGAUGCAGUCUAUUGAGGAAUUUUAUUAUUCAAGGGAUGUUGCUGGCAUUCCAAAGCACAAUACUCAUGAUCUUGCAGAUUUUGAGUAUUGUGAUAAAUAUGCAGAUUACAUUGGUUUUCCACAUUUGGAAGAAUGGAGGAAAGAACUCUGUCUUUCAGCCCUAAAAAGUUCUGAUGUCAACUUGGAAACUUAUCGGGAUUCAUACGAAGGCGAAGAGAUGCUUAAAGAGGCAUAUGAAAGCCCGCACUUCAUUCAGCUCAAGGCCGAGGCUUUCAUCCAUGAGGCUCACAUGCCGACUUCUAUGCCAAUAUGAGUAGUUUAAUUCAUUACUACUUCGUGAUGGCGUUUGAAAUUGUUUUUGCAAUUUUUCUUAUAAACUUUUUUGUAAAGUACUUUAGCCUUUGCACAGUUUAUGAAGCUUGCUCAGUAGGUACCAAGGAAAAAAGGAAGUCAUCUGUGAAGGCUGAAUUAUUUUAUUUUUUAUCACAAAUUCCAUAUUUAUUAUAUAUAAAUUAAUUGUUUUUAUUAUUUGUAAUUGCAAAAGCUCAAGAAGAUACUC